GAUUGGCUGCCUCCUUUUUUCCCCCCUGAUGACGUAUAUUACUUAAGGUAUAAAUGAAAGCCCUUAGCUAUUACGUUUAUCAAUGAAAUAGUAGUAUACCGGGAACAAAGGUCGGUGGUAACCAUGCGGCGAAUAAUCAUUGGAAUUGGCGGGGUUACAAAUGGUGGGAAGACUACACUGACAAAAAGGUUAAUUAACACUCUCCCCAAUUGCUGUGUCGUCCACCAAGAUGACUUUUUCAAGCCACCAGAUCAAAUAGAAGUUGGUGAAGAUGGCUUUAAACAAUGGGAUGUGAUUACGUCGCUAGACAUGGAAGCCAUGGUGAAUACAGUUAAUGCAUGGGCGGAAAACCCUGUAAAGUUUGCGCGAUCCCACGGAGUCAAAGUUUCCAAUGAUCAGCAAGGAGAAGAUGUGAUUCAUACACUGAUUUUAGAGGGAUUCUUGCUCUUUAAUCACAAGUUACUAGCAGACAUGUGCACCAAGAGAUACUACUUAACCAUUCCUUAUGAAGAGUGCAAGCGGAGGCGUGGUGGCCGGAACUAUACUGUGCCAGACCCUCCAGGCCUGUUUGAUGGUCAUGUUUGGCCAAUGUAUCUUAAACAUAGGAGUCAAAUGGAAAACAACGGUGUGAAUGUAGUCUCUAUAGAUGGCCUUCUUCCAAAAGAUGAAGUCUUCAAUCAAGUUUACACUGAUAUACAGAGCAAGAUUUUAAACAUUUCAUAAAACAUUGUUUACUUUUAUUAAUACAUGAUGCUAAAAUGUAUUUCUCCGUAAUACUGGAACAGCAGUACGCACAUGUAGAAGAAGCAAUUUGUAUAUAAUGAAUUAUUUAUUACUGUGCUACCAUGAGUUAUUUUUUUUUAAUGUUUUUAAUUUGUAACAGAACUUGCAUAACUUUUUGUAUGGCUUCUGAAAUUAAAU